GGAAGCACGAGAGAAUGAAUCACGUACAACUUGCUUUGUCACCAGCACGUGGCCAAAGGAAAUCAGAAGUGAUUUAAUUAACAUGCACAAAUAUGUGUUACCCUGGUCAAAGAAGAGAAGAAGAGUGAGAUACGUGGCCAAGCAAGAAAGAAAGAAAGAAAUAAUGUGCUUACUCAGGUUUAAGUUGUUCACGUGGCCAAUUUGGAGAGGAAGCAAAUGACUUAGUCAUUAUCUCUACGUGGUAAUCAAAGAGAAAUGGUGGGGCAGCUGUCACAAACCUAUUCACCUGGUUCCACUAUAAAAAGAGGUCAACCUCCUCCAUUUCCCAUCAUCUCAACGUGAACAAGAGAGAAAGAGAGAAGAAAAGAAACAAGAGAAAAGAAAGAAAAAGAAAGAAAAGAGAAAAGAAGAGAAAGAAAAAUAAGAAAAUAGUUUUAGAAGAUUAAGAGAAGUAAAGAUCAUGGGAUUAUUGAUACGGAACUAAGACGAAGAUUUGGAGUGGAUAAAAAGGAUUUGGUCAGCUUCCGAAAUCAAAGAGUCAAGCCGCAUCGGUUAAUCACUGUAACCAGUAGUAAAGACCAUAGCGCUCGCGGAACUGUAGGAGCUGGUGUAGAUUGGACAUCUUUUGCUAAAGACUCGUUUCAAGAUAUAUGAAUAUGGCAAGGAGGGGAAUGAGUGAAGGGGGACAGGAUUGGAUGUUGGGAAUAGGCAGAGUCUCAAGACGGAGAGGACUGGGAUAUGAAUCUGAGGGAAGGGUGCAAACACUAGCACACCCUAACCAGGACUUUAGCGAGGAUAACAUGGUGGAAAACGAAAAUCUGUUUGGGCACGACCAAUCGAGGCCACAAGAGGAGCAACUUCCACCAAACCGUACUGCAAGGGAAAGACCAGAAACAGAUGAUAGUGAAUCAAGUGUCAGAGGACCAAGACCAAUAAGGAGAGAGAACCUGAUUGAACCGAAAUCUCAUAACCAGCCACAACAAGAAGUAGGAAUGGAGCACACUCUGAAGAUGCUUCAUGACGUGAUAGCAAGAUCACUGCAACAACCUCAAGUUCAGCCUCAACCAAUCAUACCACCACAACCUACAGUGGCUACGCCGAUGUUACCGUUGAUAACUGCCAUGAAGAAUAUGAAAACACCACAUUUUGAAGGAGGGCCAGAUCCUUUUGAAGCAGAUCAGUGGCUUCGAACCAUGGAGAAAAACUUUGAGACCCUGACAUGUUCCGAGGACUCUAAGAAGAAGAUGGCAGUGUAUUACUUAGACAAGGACGCGGCAGAAUGGUGGGAGAGUAGGGAUCGCCAAGUGGGACAUCUUGUCACGACUUGGGUGGCAUUCAAAAGGGAAUUUGAACGCAAGUACUUCACCCCUGAGUCCAAGCGAAGACAUCAGCGUCAGUUUGCUAACCUAGUACAAGGAGACAAGACAGUCAGAGAAUACGAAUCUGAGUUCAUGCGACUGCGACGAUACGUAUUACGAGGACAAGAUGAUGAAGAGAUGAUGAUAUCCAACUUUCUGUUUGGUUUAAAACCAGAGUUGGAAAACAGAUUAGCAGUCGGAAACUACGAGAAUCUCACCGAGUUAGUAGAAAAGGCUGUGAAUGUGGAGAUCGGUUUAGAAGCUGAGAAGGCAGCAAGUAAGAAAUCAAAGCAACAUCAAGAAGGAAAACAUGGUGGAAAUCAAGGAUCAUUCAAGGGUAAAGAAAGGGAAAGAGGAUCGGGAGGUCCAAGUCGACGAUCUCUGUUUACCGGAAAAUGUUUUAACUGUGGCAAGGUGGGCCAUAAGUCAAGUGAAUGCUUCGGAAAGAAACCUGGAUCGUUUCAGUCAAACUCCAACAAUCCAACAUGUUAUACGUGUGGAAAGAAAGGACACAUCUCUACCCAGUGCAGUGUCAACCGUCCUAUCCCAGCUACGCCAAUCACCGUUCAUCCUCCCCCAGCACCACCUGCAAUCGCACCAGCACAGAAAAGGCAAGCAAUAGGAGGUAGAGUUUACGCUUUAGAAUUAGAUGAUCCUAAGCCUCCAGGCGCAUCCAAGGGUCCCAUCACAGGUAUUUGGGUUCUUUAACUUUGCUCGUUUUG